AUGCCCCAUCGCCCCACGGCCGAUGGCCCAUUGGAGAGAGAAGAGUAUUUGGCUGCUCUAGCCGUGAGGGAUCAGAGGGAGAAGGCCAACGUAAACAUCUACGAUGCCUAUGCUCGUCUUGCCGAUCGCACCGCCGCCCUCACGGCAGUACCAGGCAGCAGCUCGGCCGAUCGCCCUAUACAGCUGAGUGAUUCUCAACGCACUAUCCCAGCUCCACUGGUCACCAAGAAAAAUCAGUCGUCCGAUGUAGGGCCGUCGACAAUGGACCUUCUGAAGAGCACCAGAGCCGACUUGUCGGAGGCGCAACGCUCGCGAUCUGAUCUGCAAGAAAAGCUAGGUAUUGUGACGACAGAAGUUGAGAAGCUGCGCAAGAAGAGCGUCCUGGACAGCCGGCGUAUAAAUGCUCUGGAGAGUGAGAGAUUGAGUCUGCAGCUCCGACUCAAAGACAGGGACGAAGAGUUGAAGGGGAAGGCAAAGCUGCUUGAGGACUUCCAGGAUGAGAUGGCAACUCUAAAUUUGCAACUCAACAUGGCGGACGAAAAGUCUAGCAAACUGCAACGUGAAAACCAAGAGCUGGUUGAUCGGUGGAUGGCUCGAAUGAGCAUAGAAGCGGAUGCCAUGAACGAUGCUUCUAAAUUCUCUUAG